GGCGGCGAGGAGACGGGCAUCCCGCGGACAAUAGGCGCACGCCGGUCCGGGGGAUCGCAAACAAGCGCCGGGGUCCGGUAUUGUUCGGCACCCGACAACAAAGAGCGGAGCCGGGCCGGGGUGCGGGGGGUGCGGGGGGGUCAGCGCCGGCCCCUCCGCGCCGCGCCCGGCCAAUGGGCGCGCGCAGCGAUGGCGGCGGCGGCGCGGGGCUGUCAGCGAUCGCCGCUUACGCUGCGGCGCCCGGCGCGGCCCCCCCUUCCCUCCUUCCCUCCCUCCCUCCGCCCGCCUCUCCAGAGCCGUCUGGCUGCAGCAGUGCCUCAGACAGAGGAGGGGAGAGGAGGAAAAAAAAACGCUGAGUGAGUGGAGUGGAGCCUGGGAGGGGCUCCUUAAAGAAACGCUGCCGUCGCUUGGCAUUGUGGCCGGCGAGGAACUCGAGGGGGGGAAGCCACCGGAGCUCCUCUCGCUAUCCUCUUCCCACCCCCCCACCCCACCCCCAGCCGACAAAAAAAAAAAAAAAAAAGGAAAAAAAAAAACUCGGGGGGGGGAGUCGUGGGGGGGGUCCUGAGAACAUCUUAUAAACCGGAUUGCACUGAGAGGAGGAAAAAAAAAAAAAGCAAAAAAGAUACAAAAUAUACAAGCAAAAGGCAACAACUCCCCGGUCUCCAGCAGUCGCCCACCCUCCCUUUCCUUCUCUCCUGCUGGCCAUCUGCCUUGGGUUUUCCUUUGUGUCUGAUCUUUUACUACUGAGCCGAGUGCAGGAGGAGGGUGCAACACACACAGGGACUAUGCCCAGCUCGCUUUUUGCAGACAUGGAGAGGAACGGGAGCGGCGGCGGCGGCGGCGGCGGCGGUGGUGGUGGUGGUGGAGGGGGAGAGACCCUGGAUGACCAAAGAGCCCUUCAGAUCGCCCUGGAUCAGCUCUCCCUGCUGGGGCUGGACAACGACGAGACGGGCUCCAUUUACGACAGCGAGCCUCGGAAAAAGAGCGUGAACAUGACUGAAUGCGUCCCGGUGCCCAGCUCGGAGCAUGUCGCUGAGAUAGUGGGGAGACAAGGUUGUAAAAUCAAAGCUCUGCGGGCAAAGACCAACACCUACAUCAAGACCCCGGUUCGCGGGGAGGAGCCGCUCUUUGUUGUGACGGGCAGAAAGGAAGAUGUGGCCAUGGCCCGCAGGGAGAUCAUCUCGGCGGCCGAGCACUUCUCCAUGAUCCGAGCCUCACGGAACAAGAACACGGCCCUGAACGGCACCGUUCCCGGCCCCCCGAACCUGCCCGGCCAGACCACCAUCCAGGUGCGGGUGCCUUAUCGCGUGGUGGGCUUGGUCGUGGGGCCCAAGGGGGCCACCAUCAAGCGCAUCCAGCAGCAGACGCACACCUACAUCGUGACCCCGAGCCGGGACAAGGAGCCGGUCUUUGAGGUGACGGGCAUGCCCGAGAACGUGGACCGGGCCCGGGAGGAGAUCGAGGCGCACAUCGCCAUGCGCACCGGUGGCAUCAUCGAGCUGACGGACGAGAACGACUUCCAUGCCAACGGCACGGAUGUGGGCUUCGAGCUGAACGGCACAGGCAGCCUCUGGAGCAAGCCCACACCGCCCAGCAUCACGCCCACCCCGGGCCGCAAGCCCUUCUGCAACUACCGCAACGACAGCUCCAGCUCGCUGGGCAGCGCCUCCACCGACUCCUACUUCGGGGGCGGCACGGGGGGAGGCGGCGGCGCCCGCCUGGCCGACUACAGCCCCCCGAGCCCGGCGCUGAGCUUCACCCACAACGGCAACAACAACAACAACAGCGCCAACGGCUAUGUGUACGGCGGGGGGGGCGGCGGCGGCGGCGGCGGCGACGUCCUCUCGUCCCCGGACUGCUGCUCCGAUCUGCCCUUCGACUCGCCGCCCGGCUUCGACCUGGCCCCAGCCCCGCCGCCGGGGGCCGCCCUCAUCUGGCCGCAGUUCGAGCGCGGCCCCGCCGCGCCCCCCUCGCCCUCGCCCGCCGCCGCCUUCCCGGGCGCCGCGCCCGCCAAUGCCAACCUGGCGCUGCUGGUGAGCGGCCCCCGGCGGGGCGGUGGCGCCCCGCCCCCGGCGCGGCUCUCCCCGCCCCUGCACGGCAGCGCGGCGGGGCCCGAGCACCCGCUGGCGCGGCGGGUGCGCAGCGACCCCGGCGGGCGGCUGCUGGCCGCCUCCUACCCGCUGUACGCCAACGGGCUGGGCUCCCACCUGCCGGGGCUGCCCUCCGACUCGUCGGCUUCCUCCUCCUCCUCCUCCAGCUCCUCGUCCAGCUCCUCCUGCUCGUCGUCCGGCGUGCGGCGGAAGGGCAGCCGCGACUGCUCGGUGUGCUUCGAGAGCGAGGUGAUCGCGGCGCUGGUGCCCUGCGGCCACAACCUCUUCUGCAUGGAGUGCGCCAACCGCAUCUGCGAGAAGACGGAGCCGCAGUGCCCCGUCUGCCACAGCGCCGUCACCCAGGCCAUCCGCAUCUUCUCCUGAGAGCCGCCGCCGCCGCCGCGGGGGGGCGGGCCGGGGCAGCGGCGGCCGGGGCAGGGACGGUCGCGCCGGGGCCGGGGCCGCCGCCCGCCGCGGGAGGGGGGG